GGUGCCGGCCUUCGUCGUCGCCAAUUCCGUUCUGUUCUCGAUCUCCAUGUACGUCAACGAUUGCCCCAGAAACUCCUCUUCUUGCAUUGCUGGGUUCUUGGGCAGAUUCUCGUUUCAGCCCCUUAAAGAGAAUCCCCUCCUUGGCCCUUCUGCCUCCACAUUAGAAAAGAUGGGUGCUCUGGAAGUUGAUAAAGUGGUUUUUGGGCACCAGCCAUGGAGAUUGAUCUCUUGUAUAUGGUUACAUGCAGGGGUGUUCCAUAUACUUGCUAAUAUGCUGAGUCUUGUUUUCAUUGGAAUUCGGCUUGAGCAAGAAUUCGGUUUCGUUCGAAUCGGGAUGCUGUACAUUAUAUCUGGAUUCGGCGGGAGUUUGUUGUCGGCUCUGUUUAUUCAGUCGGGUAUCUCAGUAGGCGCUUCGGGUGCUCUUUUUGGUCUCCUAGGAGGCAUGUUGUCGGAGCUCCUUACGAAUUGGACGAUAUAUGCAAAUAAGCUUGCAGCAUUAUUGACUCUCCUCUUCAUCAUUGUAAUCAAUYUGGYCGUGGGAGUACUUCCUCACGUUGAUAAUUUUGCUCAUAUUGGAGGAUUUAUCUCUGGUUUUCUUCUUGGGUUCGUGUUUUUGGUACGCCCUCAGUUCGGGUGGGUUAGCCAAAGAAAUGCAUCUCGUAGACAUAAUUCAACUUCGGCUAAACCUAAAUAUAAGGCAUAUYAGUAUGUGCUAUGGAUUGUAUCUCUGCUGCUACUGAUUACUGGGUUUGCAAUUGGUCURGUCUUUCUCUUUAGAGGGGAAGAUUUGAAUGAUCACUGUUCGUGGUGCCAUUAUUUGAGCUGCGUUCCUACAUCAAAAUGGAGCUGCAACUCACAGAAGUUCUCUUGUGAGUCAAGUCAAUUGGGAAAUCAACUAAACAUGACGUGCCUGAGCAACGGGAGAAGUGGCUCGUAUUCGUUAGCCAAUAGUACUAGCUCUUCUGAGGUGCAACAGAUAUGUUCUCAGCUCUGCAGUUGA